UUUGACAUCCAUAGCAUACGAUGUCAUCAAUGUUUGUGCCGUUUGUAGGCUUGUUUUGGUCACUUAAUUGCUCCUGAUGGCGGAAAUGAAAACAAUAAAUAUUGUUUUUGCAACUUCGAUUGAGUGCCAAUAGACACAGCGUUUUUUCAUCAUGAUACGACGUUUUUUGCUAACUAACGUAUAACAAGAUAGCUGGUUAAUUUGUCAUUGAGGAACUUAUUCCUUAUUAUUUUUGAGAAUGUACAUACAAUAAAUACAUUUUUUAACUACACAAAAUGUUCGGCUCGAGACGACCAUUUAGUCACUUAUUGAUGAAAAGCUCGAUUGCGGCAUUAGGAGUUUUAUUUUUUACUCAAUAUGUCAUAUACUAUCUUGUCCUGAUACAGUGUGCCUGGCCAGUAUUGGACGAACGGAAAGUUGAUCCUAAAAUACCUCCUUCAACAGUUGACGAAAAACCUAUUAAUGUGAUGUUUUUAGCUGACACUCACCUGCUGGGUUCAAGGAAAGGCCAUUGGUUUGAUAAAUUAAAAAGAGAAUGGCAGAUGUACAGGGCAUUUCAAACGGCAAUGGCACUCCAUAGGCCAGAUGUGAUAUUUGUAUUAGGCGAUCUUUUUGAUGAAGGGCAAUGGUGCAGCUUGGAAGAAUUUCAGGUGUAUGUCGCAAGAUUUCAAGCUACGUUUGCCGUUCCGGAAAACGCGCAUCUCUAUGCAGUGGCUGGAAAUCACGACGUAGGAUUUCAUUAUGUUAUUACUCCUUAUUUAAACCAAAGAUUUGUGAAUGCUAUGAAUACAUCAAGCGUCAAAAGAGUCAGUAUUAGAGGAAAUCACUUUGUUUUACUCAACAGUAUGGCUUUGGAAGGAGAUGGAUGUUUUUUGUGUAGACCUACAGAAGUAGCUAUCAAUAAAAUAAGCAAAUCUCUAAAAUGCGCCAAAGGCGUUGGUAAUAACUGCGAAAAUACUAAUAUUAUUAAAAGAUACAGUAGACCCAUUCUAGUGCAACAUUACCCGCUAUAUCGUGAAUCUGAUGAGAUUUGUAACGAGGUCGAUGAAGCCCCAGCAGAUAUAAAAAGUAUCAAGUUCCGAGAAAGAUGGGAUUGCUUGUCAAAAGAAGCAACAGAUCAAUUACUAGAUAUAUUAAAUCCAAGACUCGUAGUUGGUGGCCAUACACAUCAUGGAUGUAGAAAAAUUCACAGGCAAGAUAUUUUGGAAAUGACAAUUCCGUCGUUCAGUUGGCGAAAUAAAAACAAUCCAUCGUUCUUGUUGGGCGUAUUCACACCAAAUAAUUACGCUUUAUCAAAGUGUUAUAUGCCUGUUGAAUCAACAGUUGAUAACAUUUGUAUAAUUGGUUUAAUUGGUAUAAUUAUUUACCUAGUAAUCAAAUUUUGGAAAAAUAGACGUUACAAUAAUAAAAUCCUUUAAGUAUUUUACGUUUGAACGUUGUAAAUAUUACCUGCUACGCUUUGAAUUAUAUCACUUUACAGUUUUAUAUUACAUUUUAAUUGUUUUUAUUUACCUACAAAAGUGAACAGAAGUAAUGUUUUUGAAUCCAAAACUGGAUUUGCAUAGUACACAACUAAUUUUUUUUCAUAAUGAAUCGUGUUGUAAGUUAUAUUUUUUGUCAUUGAAACUUGUA